AUGGAUGUAAGCGAUAACUCAAUUCGUACUACAAAUGGGCAAGCAACGUUUGAUGAUAGUGAUGAUUAUGCCUGUAUAAAUCGUUUACCAUGCACAUCAAAUCGUAAUAAAAUUGCUGUUCUUGGUACAAAGAAAUUGAAAACUGAAAAGCAAUCUCGAAUUGUUCUUCCUGAAGAGAAAUAUGUGGAAACACUGCAGAAAAUUAUUCAGCGCGACUAUUUUCCUGAAUUGUCUAUGCUUAAAGCUCAGAAAGAAUAUUUGGAUGCAUUAGCUGAAAAUGAUUUAUCAAAAAUUCGUGAGCUACAGCUUCUAUAUAGCACAAAACGAAUGGAUAAGCGAAUUUCAUCAACUUCACUAGAUAGUCCAGAAAGACAUGAUAGUCCUGAGUUAUUCGAUCCAGAAACUCCUUCUUCUAAUUAUUUAUAUAGAAAUGCGCCUUGGAAUAGCACUAGGAGUGAUGUUUGUAAUAAAAUGGGUGACAACGAAAAGAAAAGCCCAGAACCUUCCGAGCAAUUAACAGUUAAUCAGUUCGUCAACAAAUUCACAAAUGAAGAUAAUGCAUCAUUUGAAGAAAUAGCUCUCUUAGACAGUAAACGUGAGCGCAAUAAAAAUGCGUGGAUGUAUGAAGCUGAAGAAAAACAUAAUAAAGAACAGUUUGCCCGAGCCAAUGAACAGAUUAAGGCAGCCGAUGAACAGCUGAUGCUUAUGAAUACACCUGAAAAAGUUGGACAAAAACCAAAAGAUUUGGAUAACUGGAUAUGCAAAGCGCGAAACAAUGUUUUAUUUAAUUUGGAUGAAGUACCCUUAACUCCUGAAGAACGAUUAAGACGGCAAAAAAUGAAUGAAAAAAUAAUAAAUAAAGCUGCAACACGAUUUCAUUACGAUUUACAUAAAGUACAGGGUCAAAAAUCGAUAAUGCGACAGAAUAUUGUUGAUAAAGCGGGUAAGGUCGAUAUAACUGGAUGUGAGAUUAAACCGACCACUAACUCAGAUCUCGAUCUUUUGGCAACACCUUCACUUGCACCUGGUGUGGAAGAUACACCACUUAUGACUUGGGGUGAAAUCGAAGGUACUCCUUUUAGACUUGAUGCAGCUGAUUUGGCGAUCUCAGGAGUUGGUAGUGCUCCAGCGUUCAAGAUCCCUGAUUUGCCGUUGCGGGAGAAGAUUGCUCAGGACAUGACUGAAAGUAUCGCCAAGGGCUAUCUCGAAAAAAGAAAAAGUGCCAUUCGACAAGCAGAAAAAUAUCAUACGAAGACUCCUUCAUUCAGCUCUGUUCGUAAUACUGAUAGAUUACUUGUUAUGUCGCCUGCAGCAAGGCGUUUGGCUACGAAAGGCCUGGGUAUCCGCUUGGGUUCUGACAAACAACUUAAAGCUAGUUAUACACCAGUUUUUCGAAGGUCCAGAACACCCGCCUCCUCUCGAAUGUUGUCAACUCCAGGUGCUGAGGCAGAUCAAACACUUACUGCACAAUCGACUCCUAACUCUGACUCUAACUCCUUGAAACGUUCAAUUACGGAUAAUUUGCUCAAUUUUGGUGAAGAAAUUGAGAAAAAAUCGCGACCAACCGCAGCUGAUUUUUUUUAG